AUGGUAAUGGGAACUGACAUUCUAGAGGAGGAAAUACUUAUUGACAUUCUCACUAAACUUCCUGUUAAGUCUCUUUUUCGUUUCAAAUGUGUAUCGAAAUCUUGCAAGACAUUAUUAGCUGAGCCUUACUUUAAGAAGAAGCAUCACAAUCAUGCCAAAAAUCAACCUGAUUCCCAAAAAUUGCUUAUUGUUAUUGGGGGUAAAAAUUUAAAUUUCUAUUGCACUUCUUUAUCCCCAAAUCGACUACUUGUUAAUGAUAUACAUACAGCUCCAAAACCAUUCAGUCGUUAUAAAAUGUAUUGUUGUUGCGAUGCCUUGUUUCUCAUCGGGAUUUGGACCGGACUUUCUCGGGACCAGCCUACAAUGCUAUUGCUAUGGAACCCCACCACGUCAGAAUCAAUAGUACUUCCUCCUUUAGAAUCGCCAGAACAGGAAUCAACUUAUGGAUUGGGAUAUGACUCGACUAGUGAUGAUUAUAAAGUCCUUAGGAUUGACAAGGAGGGCACUGCACUAGAUGAAAUUGUAGCACUAAAAAUUGGUUCCUGGAGAAAAAUUUAUUCGCCCUCAGUUAGGCCUGUCGGCGAUGGUUUUAUUUUGUAUGGUAAGGAAUGUUUGUCCUUUGUAAAUGGAGCGUUUCACUGGCUUGGUAUUGAUUCUUCUGAAUCCAUGAUGUCGUUAAAUAUUUCAGAUGAGACAUAUAAGAGAAUACCCUUACCAAAAAAUGUGGGUUUAUACCCUGAAAGCGUGACUAUUGAAGAGGGCAUAUCUGUGUUGGGAAGUAUGAUUUGUCUUUUUAAUAGUAACGAAAUCACUUUCAAUUUAUGGAUAGUGAAAGAGUAUGGUGUUCAGGAAUCUUGGAUAAAGUUACUCACAUUACCAUGUAAUGGGGCUUUUUCAGUUAUACCCAUAUAUAGCUUUUCCGAUGGUAAAGUGCUACUUCGAUACAAAUGCCGAGAUGAAUUACGAGGAAUAAAGGUUAUUUAUAGAACAUGUGACGAUCAAAUAUGGUCGUUUGAUAUUGAUCCACUUUCCUUUAUUCUAGAUGGUUUUGUUUAUAUGGAAAGUUUAAUCAAUCCGAGAGAGAUUGAUGCAUAUCCAAUUCAUAAACAAACAAACUUGGCAUUCCUUAGAAAGCGAAAAAGAGAGGGUUUGCUCGAAUAG